AUGACGUCGAAAAGCUUCUCACUUGCUGCUAAGGGCUUGAAGAUCAAUACAGCCGACGACCUGCAAUCACAUGUCGCAUCUCUCAUCGAGUCCAAGGAUGUCACCCAUAUCGACCUCUCUGGAAAUACCUUUGGUGUCCCGGCAUGCAAAGCGCUUGCUUCCAUACUUUCCUCGAAGUCUUCUACGCUACAAUCGAUCGACCUCCACGACAUCUUUACCUCACGCCUCUUAGAAGAAAUUCCUCCAGCUCUCUCUUCCUUACUGAACGCACUCCUGGAAUGCGAACGUCUACACACCAUCGACUUGAGCGACAAUGCUUUUGGCCUUAACACCAAAGACCCCCUUGUGGACUUCCUCUCGAAGCAUACACCUCUCCAACACCUUAUCUUGAACAAUAACGGAAUGGGACCAAUUGCUGGGACAUCGAUAGCUAAUGCCUUGACAUCGUUGGCGGCACGAAAAGCUGAAGCGAGAAAAGAGGGCAGGGAAGCGCCGGAUCUGGAAAGUAUCGUGUGUGGGAGGAAUCGCCUUGAGAAUGGGUCAAUGGGUGCGUGGGCCAAGGCAUACGAAGCACACAAAUCUGGGAUCAAGAGCGUCAAAAUGACUCAGAAUGGCAUACGGCAGGAGGGCAUCUCACAUCUUCUACGUUCAGGGCUGAGCCAUUGCAAGGAUUUAGAAGUUCUGGACAUGCAAGAUAACACUUUUACCCUCAUGGGCGCCGGAGCUCUAUCUGAGGUUGUCCCAAGCUGGACAAAACUGAGAGAGCUGGGGGUUGGUGACGAUCUACUGGGAGCGUCAGGGUCCAUCAAGCUUUUUGAGGCUUUGGCAAAAGGUGACACUAAGAGCGUUGAAGUUUUGCGACUUCAAUACAAUGAUAUCACCUCGCAAGGAGUCAAAUCUCUGUUGCAAGCUGCUAAGCAUAGCAUGCCAAAGCUUAGAAGGGUGGAGCUCAACGGCAACAAGUUUGACGAGGACGACUUGAGCAUCGGGGCGCUUGCAGAACUUCUUGGUGAAAGAAGAGAUGCGGAAGGGAAGGACGAUGAUCCUGAAGACUUCUGGGGACUGGACGAACUGGACGAGCUGGAAGAGGAAAGUAGCGACGAAGAGGACGAAGCUGCUGAGGAAGAAGAGAAACUGGAAGAGAGAAUACUCGAGACGGCUGAUGAGGUAGACAACGAGCCCGUGGCACAAAGGAAGGACCCAGAUGUAGAUGAGCUUGCAGGUGCUUUGGAAAAGACAGAAAUCUGA